AUGGGGAAGAGGCGGUUUGCGCAGGUCGGUUCCAGCGAGGAGGAGGAAGAGAGCAGGUCGGGAGAUGGACGGUGGCACGACAGGAAGAUGCAGAUGAAGAGCGUAGAGCUUGUAGAGUCGUCGGCGUCGGUGCAAGACCAGAACUGUCGCGGAAAUAAGAGAGAUGACGGGGCAGAGGAGCGGGAGGAUGGGAAUGGCGAUGCGCGGCCGGUUGGUAGUGUGAUCAGAAUUUCGGGGAAGGGAACGGAGAUGAAGAAGUAUUAUGCCGCGUUCGAGUACAACGGAGAUACAUACGAGCUCGUAAGAUUCUGGGGACGCUUAACUUUUAACUCCUCGUCGUUUAGUUUUCUUGUUCGCAUCUAAACUGAGUGUAGGGUUUCCGUUGUUUUUCUCUGUUUUCCUAGACGAAGACGGACCCGUGCAAUGCUUUCAUAGGUCGGGGUGAGUUUCUUUCGUUCUAACCCGUUCGUGCUUUUUUUCAACCCUUCCGACUAGGAGGAUUCGGUGCUCCUGACUCCCGAAGAAGAAUGUGAGAAACCGUUUGUUGCUAUAAUCAAGGUGGUUUCCCUUUUACUUUUCGUAUUUGGCUUCUUCAGUUACCUUGAAAAUUUUAGUUUUUAAAGGAGACGUGGCUCCUAUCUUCAUAUGCUCUGCCUGAGUUUCACUGAUAAAGAUCAAUGAAGAGAAAACCAAAAAGACGAAGCUUUCAGCCUAUUGACAUAAAAACACUAUAGGGUGCGCGCUCCCAUCUCAUGUUUGAGACGUCAAUAGUUUAUAAUGGUUCUGCCAGAAAUUCUUUGCAGUAACCUCAACAAAUUUUGUUUCCUAUUUCUUGGCAUUGGGUUUUCCAUGCAGACUCCAUAGGUGUCGCAGUAGCCGCGGUUUUGGAUACUCUUCAAUACAAACUUUUUCUUCACAUGAUUGUACCUCUGACUGUAUAUUAAAAGCUUCUAUGCACAGUGCAAACGUUAUGUUAUGCUUGUGAAGCUCCAGUGGGAGAAGAUAUCUUCUCACCACAUAUAGAAAAUUGGCCGAUUUUCUGAUUUUUAAUGUUUACUAUGACGAGAUUGAGAGCCUGCUGUCAUAGUACUUUGCAAAGAAGCGUAGUUUACAUGAUGUCUCCACCAACAAUCUCGUCUGGUUGAGGGUGAAAUCAUGUAUCUUAGGGCUGACUCCAUGAAAUAAGAUUCGUCUCUCCCUUCUGAUUUGUCUCUUACGUGUUUACAUUUGGACUAUUUUUUUUAUCUUCUGUAUUUUGUGCUCAUGUUUUAAGCACCCCUUUUCUUCUGGUUAGUUCAUGAUAUAUGACUUUUCUUUCACAGGAGAUCACGCAGAUUUCCACUGGCAAUGUAAUGGUUAACGGGCAGUGGUUAUACAGGCCUGAAGAAGCAAUGGAGAAAGGUGGUGGUAAUUGGUUGACAGUUGACUCCAGGGAACUCUUUUAUAGCUUUCAUUUUGAUGAGGUUCCUGCUGAAUCUGUAAUGCACAAGUGUAUAGUGCAUUUUGUGCCACCACACAAGCAAUUACCAUCUCGUAUGAAACAUCCAGGUUUUGUCGUGAAAAGAGUUUAUGAUGCUAUUAACCAAAAGCUUCGGAAAAUAACAGACAAAGGUUUUGCGGAUGAUAGUCAACAGGAGAUUGAUCGAUUGAUGAAGAAAACUCAAGAAAAUUUAGGAGAACUUCCAGAUCGCGAUAAUGAUUCGAAGGAAAAAUGUGAUAUCAUAAAUAAACAGAUGCUUCUAGUUGAUGCUUCUAAUGCUGGUAAUGAGUUGACAAGAUCUCCCAUUCAAUCAAAAGAAAAGAAUGCUUCAAAUUUAUGUUUAAUUCUGAAGCAAUGUCGAGUUUGCACUGGGGACCGUUACCGUGAUAAGUGGUUGGAGAAACUCCUUCAAGGAAUUCAGUUCGUCUGCCAGUUAAACUCUAUGUUGGUGAAAGAUAGUGACAAGAGAAAGGAUUCUACCCGUAAGACAAUGACCAUCUCAGGAGUAACCAGUGAGGCAGACACGAUGAUUUCAAAUGUAGGUGAUCACUCCCUCCCUCUCUCUCUAUUCAGUCCAUUGAUGGAAAAUUUACGAUGUAGUUGUCUUGAUUUUCCUAGUUUAGUUUAGGAAUUUUUAGUCAUUUAUGAUAUAGUUCAUGGGGUAAUAUAAUAUCCCACCUUGGAAAGUUUUUUCCUCAUUUGGCUUUUUGAGACAUUUUCUUCUACAACUUUCUCAGUCAACUUCUGGGAGCUUGAUUGUUGUGUAGGGGGGUGAGCACAUUGUUUGGCCUGAUGAUGCUGUCCUAGCUGUCGCUGCACUUGAGAAGGCUGUUCAUGAAGCUCUUUGCUCUGAUUUUCAGAAAUAUAAUCAGAAGAUGCGUCAGUUGGAUUUUAAUCUCAAGGUCGGGAAUAGCCUUUUUUUUUUCUCGAUUUUGGCUGUUUAUUUCCAACCAUGUUUAAAAUGCUUUCUAGUGGCAUGCCAGUUGUGUACACAUUGAUUUUAUGAAAGUGUGGAUAGGCAUGAUGUCUCUUGAAGGGCUCCUUUACUUCUCUAUUGACCAUGGAUUGUAGCGGUAAUGAUGACACCGAAAUAUUUCUAUUUAGAAUCCGGUUUCACUCCUUGCUGUUUUAAACAUGAGCUAAAUACUUCGUGUCAUAGAAGGAUUGGUAACUCCAUAGGUUCACUCUGUGCUCGUUUUGGAAUACAACUGAAGUGUUUAGACGCAUGCCCUUUGACAUCAGGGGUCCUUUUGUGGCCCAUGAUCCCCUGUAAGGUGUGUGGGACGUUCUGUCAUACUUGUCUUUAGAGUCAAAGUUUGGUGAAAUAUGUCCUCCCAUGAUGUUUCUUUUAUAUCUUCUUAAUAAACUAACAAAUUUCAAGUGCUAGUGUUGGUUUUAAAAAGGAUGGUUAAGCUAUUAAAAAAUUGUUUUUUGCUUAGACAAAAUAACUAUGCUCGUUGUUGAUGUGAACAGUAUAAUUUUUAGUAAAGAAUGAUAAUUUUUUUAAUUGUAAAUGUUGACACCAUUGAUUCAAGUUAAGCAAUGGAGACACCUACGAUGUAAGUUGUCAAUCCUUGCAAGUGAAUCAUAGAUUUUGUCUGCAAGUGGAUCAAAGAUCAUGUCUACAAGAGUCGGUCCUAGAAGUGAAUCAAAGAUCCUGUCUACAACUGUUAACGUCUAGAACAUGAAGCUAAAAACAGUUGUAGUAAAAAUAGAGUUGUUAUGUAAGAGUCUAGUGUCAAUACCUAUAUAGGAAACAAAAAACCGUGCACCGAGGAUUGAUAUUUAAGAAGCAAGUGUCAACACCUAUGCUGAAAUACAGAGUAUUUUCCAUGGAUAAAAAAAAUUGAGGCCGAAAAAAGAAAAGCGUCACCAUCGUCAUCCAGAGGUGUUGACACUAAGAUGUUUGAAAAGGAAAAAUUGUGAAUGUCAACAUUUGCACGAGGACCAACACCACUAAAAUCACGGCAGUAUUACUUAAGACAACUGUAAAUGAAUUACUCUUAAAAAUUGACCAUUUUGUGUUCGUUGGAGGAGAAAUAUUUGGUUGUAGUUAUCUAGGGACCUUAGGGUAUAAAUCCCAAGAAAAUGAGGUAUUUAUAAGCCUGCAUGAAUUGAAAAUUCAAAGCAUGGGAGCUAGUUUCUUUCAUAUUGUUUCAAAAGGUCUUCAUCUGACAUAAAGUUAAACAUCCAAGAUUUACCUGUGUUUUACAAGCUUUAGUGUAGAUCAUGUAAGUUAGACUUUCAUUUUCCUUUCUUUAUAAAAUUUAGGUUUGCUACUGUGGAAAAGUUACAUGUGUGAAGGGUGGGGUUAGCACUUUGAGAUGCAACUGGGUGUAAGACCUGGAGCAUCCUGGGAGGGCGACUUGUGAAGACCUGGAGCUCACUUCUAUGCCAAGAGGAUUUACGUCUUUGGAUGACUUGUGCAUUGAAUCUCCCAGAUCCUGUUCUAUUUAUGAAAAGACUAAUCUAAUGGUCCCAUAUGUUGUUUCUUAUGGAUUGGGUUUAGAGCUUAAAUUUUGAGGGUUACAUAAUCUCUGAAUACAUUAAAUUCAAGUAGAACUUUUUGACUUCACAUUGUUUAAGUUGAGUCACAAUUUCCAAUUUUCUGUCCGAGAUGAGCUUGGAAAGUAUAGACGUAUCAAAGGUCCGAAGAUGGUGUCGGGCAAUAACAUGCCUAUCUUAAACAUUGUAUAACUUUUUAAAACCCACGCUUCAAUCCUAGAAGGCUCUCAUUAUCUGGGAAAUACUACAUAUGAAAAUCGCAGACGUAAAGUUUGACAUAAGAAUGCAUAAACUCCUCCCACUUAAGAUGUUGCUCAGGGAAAAUUUAUACAAAAAAAAUGAAUGCGAUCAAGAAACGGAUAGAGACCGCACAUCCAUUUCCAGUUUUUAUUCCAUCGUCAACAUAGAAAGUGAUUAAUAAGGUUCUCAAACUUUGUAGAUUUUGUCGGUGUGUGAAUUUAUUCUUCUAUGUUAUUUGAGUAUUGUGACAGAUGAAGUUUAUUGCCACUGAGGUUUUGAUGAAAUAAGCACUAGAGGAACGAAUUACUAAUUAAUUAGAUUAUUGAACAAUGAAACUUGUAAUUUUGUAUUAUGUGAAACGGUCCUCCUUUCCUAGCAUUGUCUGUAUUUGCUUCUCCUUAGAAUGUCUUGAAAAAUUCGUAGCUUUAUUCAUUUCCUUUGUAUUUCAUUUUUGUGAAGCGUGGAAGCAUUUUUUUUUUAUUGGUGUGGCUGCAUUAGAUUCAACUUUUAUUGGAAUUCUCCUCCAUAGGAUUUAGUUCAAUCAUAUGUAGGCAUCACAUUUUCUUGAGAUAUGUUUCCACAUCUUAUGCUACCAAUUCUAAUGCUAAUGAUUUGCCAUUAAUCUGCUUUGGCUUGAAGAACUUGAUUCCAAGAGCUUGUUAUAAAACCCAGGUAUAAGUUUUAAAGUGAGCUGGUAAGGCAACAGCAACUCCAUUAAUGUGCUUCUUCAACAAAUCUACAUCAGAAUGGGUGAACCCUCAUGUCAGACAAGGGGAUUAGGCUGUUGUAGUAAAGCCCAUAUUGUAGAUCUGAAGAGGUUAAUUGCUUAGAAGUAAAUGAAAGUUUGCCUAGGACAAAUAUCUAGUGAGUGAAGUUUCAUUUGGCGAUCAUGGCCUUUUAAUUUAUCAUUUUAAGGUGUGCAUUGUUAUUGUCGAAUUUCCUUCAAUUCCUGCAUAUCCUCGAGGAAAAGCCUUUUCAGGUAGAGAGAGGGAAAGGAACUUCUAUUCUAAUGAGGGAAAUAUUCUGUUACAUCAAUUCACAACAGAGGUCUGGUAUUUAUAUCAGACCCCUCGUGGAAGGUUCUGGACAUGUGAACCUUACACUAGGAAGGGAAAAAGACAAUAAGACAGACAUGUAAACCAUCACGUGACACACUAAGGCAGAGUAUUUUAGCAGUUAUCAAUUCGAGCAUGCCAAAUUCUUUGUUAGAAUUGGUUUUGAUUCAUACUCAAUGAUUUUCAUCAUAUCCUGUUCUCACAUCACUUCAGCAUCUGGUUGCAUUACGCUUAAAUAUAGCUACCAUUUGCAUUCAGGAGUUUCAGAAACCGUUACUACCUUCUAUUGUCGUAAUAUGACUUUGGCAUCCUGAGGUCUGUCAGAUGUCUGAUAUUAUUUUUUUUCCGUUUACAGAAGAAUAUGCUGUUAGCUAAACGUUUACUGAAGAAAGAGCUGGAGCCUUCAGUGCUUUUAAGCAUGUCUCCAAGUGAGUUGAAGGUACACAAUUUGGUAGCCUGGACCGUCUACUUUUCAAGCCUUGUUCAAUAAGUCUAGGAGUUUACAUAAUCUUCAUCUUCAAAACUCGUAGCAAACAAGAUCUAUCUGAUGCCCGUCUUGAAACACUAGUCACGUGUGAUUAUGACAUCCAUAAUCACCUCUCUGAUGUAAUACAAUAAAAUCCGAGCUAAAUGUGAAUUAUAUUCUCUCGCAUAUAUUGAGUUUGCAGCUGUCUUUUUUUUUCCUUUCCAGAGGAUUCAUAAUUUACCCUGCUAAUUUAUUGUAAUUGUCAAGUCAAGCUCUAACCCUAAUUUUUCAUUAAAAUCAAUAAUGCAAACCAUCUUGAAAAUCGUUUUUUUUAUUGCAAUGAUACCUCCUAGUUUGACUGCCUGCAUUUCUUACGAUCCACCACCGUUGAGCAUUCUGUCUCAACGUUAGUUCCAAGCUCACGUCUUGAGGCGGCUGAAAUGAUGAUCUAUUGCAGGAUGGAUUACUCGCGGAUGAAAAAGAUACCCAGAAACCUGAGCAAUCAAGACACAUGAAGGUUACCCAUUUGACUGUCGACUAGUGAUAUCACAUAAAGAGGCUUGUACAUCAGUCUCUCCUGCGCUAAGCUCGAUACUCGCCUUGUGCUGGCAGAUGACAGAUGCUCGAUGCUCUAGAUGCUCGGAGCAGAAUGCAGGUGUUGUGGAUAUCAUCAACGCUGGAGGAUCCGGUGAACGAUAUCAGGUCUGUCGAUUAUUCUCUUCUUCCUCUUCUCGUGCCAUUUUACUCCUGAUAGUUGUAUUCUUGGUCACUCCUUUCUUUCAUUUUAGGUUAGCCAUCUCUAGUAAUCCAACUGUUCGAUAUAAUUUUGUAGUGACCGCAAUACUACCUACAUUUAGACAUUAUCUCUGAAAAGCUUGCAAUAUGUUGACUUUUUAACGGAGAUAAUACUUUCAUACACUUUGAAACGAGGAAGAUCGACAGACAUUGGAUUUUCCUAUACUUAAACAUGCUCGCAUUGAAUUAUGUGACGCAUGUGACAAAAGAGUAAGUAUCGCUUUCAUUCAUGUGCUUACAUUGGAUUUUGCUGAGUUUUGACUUUGGCCCCCAAUAUUACCCCCUUUUUGGCGAAAUGGGUACCCAUCAUCUUUGUGACAUCCCUAGCUCUUUGGUGAGCUCAGAAACAGGUCAACGCAUGAAUAUGGCGAAACCGAAUCGUCCCUAGCUCUUAUGAUAUUAGUUAUCAGCGUAUGAAAUCCUCCUGGGUUACUGGAACAUGGGCGUGCCUUUUGUCCUCUCUGGUUCGACGAUCGGUUUACUAAAAACGGUGGGUGGUUUCCUCUGCGUCAUCCAUCCAGUUGGAGUGCACGGGGUGCGGCCGAACGUGGUACGCCCCCGCGGACGAGGUCGCGACGUUGAUCUCGGACGCGCCGCCGAACGCCGCCGGAGAUCUCGGAGCCAAGAUCGACGCCGUUGAGAAGAACUCGAUCGGGCCUCGCGUCCCUGAGAACCCCGCCGCCGCAGCCGUUCUUCCCGAGUCAACGGCGCCUAAGGUUCCCGUCGCAGUAAAACAGAGGAGGCCACUUAAACAGGCCUGA